AUGUCAACCUGCCGUCCCUUCUCCUCCUCCAGGCUGUCAUUUAGCCGCAUCACGCGUAUCGAACAACCCGCUCUUGACGGACGCGAAUGGAUCUACAAUCCCUACAUCGCGUGCUUUGUACAAAAAGCCAGGGCGCUUUACGAUGCCAAUUUUAAAACUGAUCGAUUAACUGUACGACAGUCACUCAUCCUAAUGGGAUGGCACUGGGAUGGCGAGGACGAUGUCGUCAAAACGUCUACUACUGGGGUCAUCGGGCGAUUAUCGUUGCUCAAGAUACAUGUAUGCACCGAAGUGUUCAAGAGUCGCUCCUGA